AUGGGUGACGAAAACCUAAAUUCUAGUAAAAAAUGUGAAAACAAUAGUUGUAACGUCUUAAUUAUCGGCGCUGGGAUGGCUGGUUUGUCUGCCGCCAAUUAUCUUUUGAAAAAUGGUAUGGAAGACUUUAUCAUUUUAGAAGCCAGAAAUCGCAUCGGUGGUCGUAUAAUUUCAAUACCAAUGAAAAAUCAAAAGGUAGAACUGGGAGCUAAUUGGAUCCAUGGAGUUUUGGGUAAUCCAAUUUUUGAAAUAGCUAUGGCCAACGGUCUUGUAAACAUAAUAAACAUACCCAAACCGCAUAAGGUUAUAGCAGCCACGGAAGACGGCAAGCAAGUUCCUUUUGGCGUAUUGCACGAGAUACAUGAAGCUUAUGUAUGCUUCCUAAGACGUUGCGAAGAGUAUUUCUUGUGUCAGUAUUUACCACCACCAGACAUACACAGUGUUGGUGAACACAUCAAUUUAGAAGCAACUAUUUACCUAGAACGCUUACCUUCUUCAGAGGAAAAAAAACUGCGUAGGCUCAUAUUUGACUGUCUGUUAAAAAGAGAAACCUGUAUAUCUGGCUGUAACAGUAUGGAUGAAAUAGAUCUCCUUGAGUUAGGUAGCUAUACAGAAUUACAAGGAGGUAAUAUCAUGAUACCAACAGGCUUCAGUUCAAUUUUGGAAUCGCUAACUAAAAAUAUUUCUCCUACCAAAAUACUAAAGAACCAUUCUGUAAGUAAAAUAAAAUGGGAUUCAGAUGAACAUAGGGUACUGAAAAAAUUAGAAGAUCUGGGUGAAGAGUCGGAAGAUUCUGAUCAAACAGUCAUUGAGGAUAUAUCCAAAAGUUCUUCUGAUACAACUGCAAACCCUAAAGAAGGCACAUCUUUUACAGAUAUAACAAGGAAACCAAAGAAAAAGUUCUCCAAUAGUGUUGAAGUAGUUUCUGAGAAUGGACAAUCUUUCUAUGCUAAUCAUGUGAUAUGUACUAUUCCCCUAGGAGUUUUAAAAGACAAAGCUGGAACAUUGUUUGAACCAGCAUUGCCACAGUAUAAACUGGAAUCAAUUGAAAGAUUAUUAUUUAGUACUGUAAAUAAAAUAUUCUUAGAAUAUGACAGACCAUUCCUAAACCCAGAAAUUACAGAGAUCAUGUUAUUAUGGGAGAGUUCAGCUUCACAGGAGGACAUAUCAGAUUCGUGGUAUAAAAAGAUUUAUUCAUUUAGUAAAGUGUCGGAAACACUUCUAUUAGGAUGGGUAUCGGGCAAAGAAGCUGAAUAUAUGGAAUCAUUACCAAAUGAAACGGUUUCUAGUACUUGCACAAAGAUAUUGCGUAAAUUUCUAAAUGAUCCAUUUGUUCCUGAACCUCAGAGAUGUGUUUGCACAAGUUGGAAGAAACAACCAUAUACAAGAGGUUCAUAUACUGCCAUAGCUGUAGGAGCCAGUCAAAGUGAUAUUGAAAGUUUAGCACAGCCCCUAUUCAGAACAGUACAUGAUAAAAAGCCUGUUUUGCUCUUUGCUGGAGAGCAUACACACAGCAAUUUCUACUCGACAGCUCAUGGUGCUUAUAUGUCUGGUCAAGCAGCCGUGCGCCGAUUAUUAGCUCCAGAGGAACCAGAAGAAAAUUUUUUAGAGUGUUCAGGAUCAGCUGACCUGAACUCAUGGAUUCAAGGCAUACAACUUGAGGGUUAA